ACAAAGCAAAGUCUAAGUCAUGACUAAGCUUAAAAGAACGAGUGGUAAGAGGAAGAAUGGCAUUGUAAAGCUUAAGAUCGUGGUAGAGAAGCUGCAAAAGAGUCUUUUGUUGGGGAGGAAAUCAGCUUGUGAAAAUGACGAGUUCAAAGAGGUCAGUGACUCAACCUAUGUGCCUGCAGCUGACGUCAAGGAAGGACACUUUGUGGUGAUUGCUGUGGACGACGAUGAACCAAAGAGAUUCGUCGUCCCAUUAAAUUUUCUUACUCAUCCGACCUUUUUGAAGCUCUUGGAGCAAGCAGCUGAGGAGUAUGGUUUUGAUCAAGAGGGUGCGUUGACAAUCCCUUGCAGGCCGAGCGAGCUGGAGAGUAUACUGGCUGAGCAAUGGCAGAAGGAGGGGGAUUCCAGUGUUGGUGUUCCCUGGGGUUCCUGGAAAACCAUGGUUAAGAGCUGUUAGAAGAAGAACAAGUCGAUUUGAUUCCAUUAAUUCAUGGGAUCUCUUUCCAUGCUCCUGCAUUUGGCCCUCGCUUUUCUUUCUUCUGUUGGACCCUUGCGAUCUCUCAUGUGGGGUUUAUUAAAGAAAAAAAAAAUUAAUAAAAUA